AUGUUAAUGAUGUUUGAGAGAGGUAUACGUGGUGGAAUUACACAUAUAUCAAAGAGAUAUGCAGAAGCAAAUAAUAAAUAUAUGAAAUCUUACAAUCCUGUUAAGGAGUCAACAUUUAUUCAAUAUUUAGACGCAAACAAUCUUUAUGGUUGGGCGAUGUCUCAAAAUCUUCCUACACAUGGAUUUAAAUGGAUGAAAAAUAUUACAAAAGAAAAGGUAAUGGAUAUUCUUGAGAAAGCAAAUCAUAGUAUGUUAAAUCUUGGGAGAAAAGGAUAUAUAUUUGAAGUUGAUUUGGAAUAUCCACCUGGACUAUGGGAAUCGCAUAAUGGUUAUCCUCUUGCACCUGAGAAGAUUAUUGUUAAUGGUGUUGAAAAACUUAUUUGUCAUUUUAAACCCCGUAAAAACUAUGUUGUUCAUUAUCGAAAUCUUAGACAGUAUCUUGAGUUGGGUAUGAGAAUAACUGCUGUUCAUAGAGGAAUAUCAUUUUAUCAAUCUCCUUGGAUGGAGCCUUACAUAAGAAAAAAUACAGAACUUCGAAAAACAGCAGCUAACAGUUUUGAGAAAGACUUUUUUAAACUUAUGAAUAAUUCAGUUUUUGGUAAAACAAUUGAAAACAUAAGGAAGAGGCAAAAUAUAGAACUUGUUGAUAAUCGUAAAAAAGCUGUUAAGCUAACAAGUAAACCCAACUUUGAUAGAGUAACAAUAUUUGAUAAAAAUCUUAUAGCAGUUCAUAUGAAGCAGACAGAAGUGUAUUUUAACAAACCAGUGUAUGUUGGUCAAGCAAUUCUAGAUUUAUCAAAAACAAUGAUGUUCAAUUUUCAUUACACAUAUAUUAAAGAGAAAUAUGGAAACAAUGCAGAAUUAUUGUUUACAGAUACGGAUUCAUUGAUGUACCAAAUUAAAACAAAAGAUUUUUAUAAAGAUAUAAGUCCUGAUAUUUUAACAAAGUUUGAUACUUCUGAUUAUCCUCCUAAUCAUCCUUCUGGAAUACUAACAGGUGCUAAUAAAAAAGUGAUUGGAAUGUUUAAAGAUGAAGUAGCAGGAAAACAAAUAACACAUUUUGUUGGAUUGCGUCCCAAACUUUAUAGUUUUAAAAUUGAAGAGGAAAGGGAAGUAAGAAAGUGUAAAGGAAUAAAGAAAAAUGUUAUAAAAAAGAAAUUAGAUUUUGAUGAUUAUAAAGACUGUUUAUUUUUGGAUAAAAAACAAAUGAGAUCUAUGAAAAUAAUAAGAAGUGAAAAACAUGAUAUAUAUUCAAAAGAAGUUAAUAAAAUAGCUUUGAGUAAUGAAGAUGAUAAAAGAAUAGUCUUAGAGGAUAAGGUACACACCUUGGCUUUUAGAUAAAAAAUAUUUAAAAGUAAAUAAAGUAUAAAUAAUAAAUGUCAUACACAGAAGAUCAAAUAAAAAAAUAUUUAGAAAUAUUACAUAAUUAUAAUAAACAACCUGAAGUGAGUAAAAAAGCUAAAUGUUGUAAUUGCACAAAUACUGAAUUUUUUACAAUAGAUUCUGGGUACAAAAUUUGUGAUGAAUGUGGUACAGAAAACGGUCAUGUAUUAGGAUUAUUUGAUGUAAAAGAUUUGGAUAGAUUACAUUAUAGAAAAAAGAGUAUUUACCAUAGGAAAUACCACUAUGAGAAAAAGGUAAAUGAAAUUUCUAAAAGAAUAAAACUAAAUGAUGAAGAAAAAUGUGAACUUUAUGAUAAACUAACAAAAAUAGAUAAUCAUAUCAUGGAAAUACUAAACAAGCAAUACUUCAGAAAGAGAAUGAUAAAUAUUAAUUAUUUAACCAAAAAAUUUUUGGAGGAGAUGGGAUGUGAAAAGUAUAAACUUAUUGAACUUAAGAUUAGUUCUAUAACUUUAGAGAUUUAUGAAAAAUGGUGGAAUUGUUAUAAAGGGUUAAACAAAUAAAUAUUUUUAAUAAAAUGAGUAAUAAUGUUGCUAAUACACCUAAAAUUGAAGCAAAAAAAUUGUUUUUACAAGUUCAAGAAGGAGAAAGUUUCUUAUUUGAAUAUUUUUUUGAAGUUAAUAGUCCACCAGAUGGUAUAUCUAAAGAAGAUUACAUGAAAGAAUUAAAGAGUGAGUAUAGGAAAUUAAAAAGAGAAGAAGCAAGAAGAUUGUUAUCUCAAUCUAUUUGAUAUUUAAAGAUAAUAAUUAAAUAAAUAAAAUGGCUUCUAAUCCUAGUCAAAUUUACUCAAUAAUAUUUCAAAACGAAUAUUAUCCAUGUAACAGAUUUGAAAUAGGAAAUAAUAUUAAUAAAAAGGUAUAUAUUUGUCACAGUGAUAAACUAUUAAAAGAAUUUUUAGAAUCUUGUAAAGAAGAUAAAACUAAUUUAGUUUAUGAUUAUUUUAAUUCUUAUCCAGCUCCUAGAGUAAUAGUACAUGGAAAAGAUUAUGAUAGAACAUAUAGAUUUCAUUACAAUGAACCUAAAGUGGAUGACAAUAGAUAUAAUCUUAAUUCAGAAGAAAUGGAUAAAAAAGUAAAAGAAAUAGCUAGAAGAUAUUUAGAUGAUGGUUAUGGAUCAAUUAAUAUACUAAGUUUAGUUGGAAAAUAAUUUUAUAUUUGAGAGGGAGGCUCUGUUAACCUUAUCUAAAUAUAUAAAUAAAAUGCAAAUACAAGUUAAUCCUAGAUCAUUGUUAAAUCUAGAACAUAUCUGUGAAGUUUUAUAUAAACUUCAUCCAUCAGUUUUAAAUGACUUGAUUAAAAUGGAAAGAUCUUUGGGAAAAUUACUUGGUACUAUAGAUUUAGAUAAUUUAUCAUUGGAAGAAAGAGAAUUCUUAGCUAAUAAUGCUAAGGAAGUAGAUUUUUCAAAAGAAUCUGUAAAAACUGAGGAACCAAAAACACAAGAAGAAUUUUAUAAAAUGUUAGAAUCUAAAGGAGUUAAAAUACAUAAAGUAAAUUUUGAUAAUAAAAAUGAUGCUAUUGAUUUUUUAGAAAGAUUUAAUGAAACAAAUGAAAAAAGUAAAUUAUUAAGUACUAUUCGGAAGAUGAAAGAACAUGAAAAUGCUUGUCGUUUUCACAAUCUAAGAAAAUAUAUUCAACUAGAUUCUGA